CGAUAGAACAUGCAAGUCAUUUUGGUUUGUCAGUGAUAACAACAUCGAAAAUCCAGUUAAAUAGCCGGCGUCCCGUCUCUUGUCAGUCAGUAUCAGUGAAGACACAAUGGUGAGAGCACGCAAGUACGUUGUAGUCAACGAGUUCAAGGGUUGGCCCAAACGUGAAGAUUUCCAAAUUGAGGAGUACGAGCUGCCGCCCCUCAAGGAUGGAGAGAUUCUGGUCAAAACCCAGUGGUUGAGUGUGGAUCCAUACAUGCGGAUCUACAGUUCGCCGCAAAAAUACGACCAGUUCGGUUACAAUGUCGGCGAAGUAGUAGAAACGAAGGCCGCUGACUACCCAGUUGGCACCAAAGUGGUGUCACACAAGGGCUGGUGUGACUACGUCAUCUUAGAUACUAACAAGUUUUAUGACGAGUUUCAUCCUUCUGGAAAAAUUUACAAACUACCAGUCAUGGAAGGUCUACCAGACUCUCUGGCACUUGGAGCUGUAGGCAUGCCAGGUGCUACUGCAUACUUUGGAUUCCUAGAACACUGCAGACCCAAACCUGGUGAGACAGUUGUCGUGACUGGCGCUGCCGGAGCUGUGGGCUCUUUGGUCGGACAGAUUGCGAAGAUCAAAGGCUGCAAGGUGAUCGGCUUCGCUGGCUCCGACGAGAAAGUCAAGUGGCUGGAGAGCAUCGGCUUUGACAAGGCGAUCAACUACAAGACUGCCGACACCGCGGCUGCACUGAGAGCAGCUGCUCCGCAGGGAGUGGACUGUUACUACGACAACGUCGGCGGAGAGCUGAGCAGCACCAUCUUGUACCAGAUGAAUCAAUAUGGACGAGUCGUAGUUAUUGGCUUCAUUAGCUCAUACAAUGAGGAUUCUAAGAACUUGACCAAAGUAACACCCUUACAACCUGCGAUAUUAUUCCACCGACUAUCGAUCAGAGGUUACGUUGUAUGGGAGUCACUUGACAAGUUCCCUGAAGCAUUCGAACAAAUCACCAAGUGGAUACAGAGUGGGAAGAUAGUGGCCAAAGAACAUGUCACGGAAGGUUUUGAGAAUCUCUUUGAUGCUUUAAUAGGAGUGCUGAGAGGUGACAAUAUCGGAAAGGCUGUUGUUAAAAUAUAAACAAUGUAUUGUCUAAGCCUCUUACUGCCGAAAUCAAGGGAAAUUUACUGAUUACUUAAACUAUUCCUUAGUAACGAUUUUGUAUCGAAAAUAAUUGCUAAGGAUUGGGUUAAGUAACCAUUAAUUGACUCUGAGUACAGUUAAUUCAUCUUCUUUUUUAUAUUGAUUAAAUAUUUUUUGUAAUGCUUUUUUCUCUUUAUAUUUUUAUUUAAUAUAAAUGUAGUUUUAACAAAACUUUGAUUGUAUGUUGUAAAUAAAAUUGUAAAUGUGACGCGUAUUUAGUAUUCAAAGUGUGGAUGCUCUUGUUGUAAGUGUUCUAACAUAUAUUUAACUUUAUUUGCGUGAAGUUCACGUAAUGCAUUUACCACGAAAACUUCAGUAUUGUAUAUUGUGUAUUAUAAUAUUUUACAAAAAAUGGCGAGAUACCUAGGUUUUCCUGAAAAGUUGAUGUUUUUAUUUUAUUCAAUAUUCUGUAUUAUGAUCUAUUAAUCUAUGUAUUAUCAAUCAUGAUAUAAAUUGUGAAAA